AUGGACUCGCUACAAUUCCCGACGAAAUUAGCUGCGUCUUCAGAUUUGGUACACAGCUCCGACGGGUCACUUAUAAGUGUCUUUAAUACUGAACCAAAUCAAUCGGCAUCGUCGACUUAUACAAACCUUGAAACAUCAUUAGAAUUACCCAUCGGCGAUCCUGAAUUCUUACAAGAACUCUUAGACAGCACUUCUCUUACAACACCAUUAAACGAUCUUGAUUUCGAUUGCAAUUUACUUGACAAUUUUCCCGACGACUCCAUAACAUUUGAUCAACUUCUUAAUUUCGAUCCUACAAUGACCAUCCAAGAAUUUACUAAUGUUCCUAUGGAACAAACUGAACCAUGUUCUCAACACGAAGUAACUUCAUCAUUACCACACUCAUCAAUACACGAUGAAACUUCGAUCUCCUCAAUUAAUUCUUCACAAUCAGACUGUAGCGAACAAGAUACACCAAAACGACGUGCAGCAAAAAAAAGUACUGCUGAAGAACGGCGAUUAGCUCGUUUUGGCAAUAAGCAAGUGAUUAAAUAUUCUGAUGAAUAUCAUAGCCGAAGAGUUAAAAACAAUGAAGCUGUGAAGAAAAGCCGCAUGAAAGCCAAAGAAAAACAACAAACUAGCGAAGUACAAAUGAACAAAUUAACGGAUGAAAAUCGUAUGUUAAAUGAUCGUGUUGAUGUAUUAAUGAAAGAACUACAAGUAUUACGAUCAUUGUACAAAGAACUAAAAAAAGAGUGA